AUGCAUCACCAUGCCACCUUCGGCUACCCUACACCACCCGCAUCGCCGGGCUACGACAACCAGAAGGGCCACAUCCAGCAACAACCCUAUGUGAGGCCCAUCCGAUAUGUUCCCAUGGCCCCCGAGGAAAGGUUAGGCAUGCUACUGGAAGGAAAGCUCCAUCUCACCAACAUUCUAGGCACUGGCGCGUACGGUGUUGUAUACACAGCAGUGGAUAUCAACACCGGCGUUCGCUAUGCUGUCAAGUGUUUGAGCAAGUUCAAUGCCGAUGGAACUCCCUUGGAACGUCGCCAAGUAGCCUACCAGCAACGAGAGAUUCGUCUUCACUAUCUUGCGUCUGCUCACUCAAAUGUAGUGUCCAUGCACAAGAUUGUAGACGACGCCGCAUGCAUCUACGUUAUCCUGGAGUACUGCCCGGAGGGCGACCUGUUUCUCAACAUUACUGAGCGUGGCCAGUACGUCGGUAACGACGAACUUGCCAAGAAGGUCUUCCUCCAGAUCCUGGAUGCCGUGGAACACUGUCACAACCUUGGAAUCUACCACCGGGAUCUCAAGCCGGAGAACAUCCUGGUUACGGAUGGCGGUGACACCGUCAAGCUGGCCGACUUUGGAUUGGCCACAUCAGAAGACCGAUCAGAAGAUUACGGCUGCGGUUCAACCUUCUACAUGAGUCCAGAAUGCUUGGACCCAUCAGCAAGGAGGCCCUACUACAUGUGUGCCCCCAACGAUGUUUGGAGUCUGGGCGUGGUGCUUACCAAUCUGACUUGCGGACGAAACCCUUGGAAGCAGGCUUCUUACCAAGAUUCGACCUACCGGGCGUUCACUCGCUCCCAGGAGUUCCUCAAGACAAUCCUCCCUGUGACGGAUGAGUUGAACAACAUCCUGGGCUGCAUCUUCAACCCCAACCCCGAGAACCGGAUCACACUCCCAGAACUCCGGGAAAGGAUCAAGGCUUGCCCCAAGUUGACUGUUUCCCCAACGGCUACUGUCGUCGCCCCUCCAUCACCCCCUGCUACCCCCGAACAUCUCAUCACUCAAUACGUUACUCCUCCCGAGGAUGCCAUCGUUGAUGACUACGCCAAUGGCUCACCACUGUCUCCCGUCUCGACCUUUUCUGAUGAAGGCUCAUUGACAUCCAGCGGAUCGACCAUUGACGACCUCGAUGAGGACUUCAUCCGGGAACAAAGAGGCGUCUCACCUGACUGUGCGCCAUACACCUACGAACCGGUAGUCGCCAAGGAUCUCCCGGUCUACCUAGGUCAGGAGUUUGUUCCCCAGCACUACACUGGGCCCAUGCCUAUCCCACAACAGGCACAGCCCAUUCACUGCCCGCAACCCAUCCACAUUCAGGCGCCAUGCGCCCCUCCCAAGACAUACUGCCCUCUAUGGGACGUUGUCAAAUACGUUCAACAGGUGCCACUGGUACAACACUCUGGCGUCUUUCAUCAUCAGGUGCCUGUCAUGCCCUCCUUCCAGGGCUGCUUCUGA